AACACACACCAACACAUCCUGCCUGCAUAUAAACACAGGGAGAAUGUGGAGAUAACACGACAGACAGCAGAGGAGGACUUCACUGGCAGAGUUGUUCUCUGCAGGCGACAAUCAUGCUGCUGGGUUUGAGAGCCUUGUUGGUGCUGGGUCUGGUCCCGCUGUUGCACGCCACCAGGAAAGGCAAUGCGGUGUCCCUGAAGUUGGAUCAGGGAAGCAAACUGAAGGGCCAGACGGUGAGGCUGGUCCUGGAUCCGUCGGUGCAGCCUCAGAUUGCCAGCACGUCGGCCUCGACCAUCGCCAACAUGUCUCUGUCACCGUGGACGUACAGAGACUCCUGUGUGGAAUCUCGGUUGCCUCGGCGGAUCUCUCAUGCUCAGUGCCUGACCUCUGGCUGUCUGAGCCUGCUGGGGGGGCGAGAGGAUGCAGCCCUGGAGGCCAAACCUAUCUACUACCAGGUCCUGGUCCUCCACAGAAUCCCACGGCAAAGGCACAGUAAGAAAGCAGGGAGGAUGAGGAGGAACCAGUACGACUUCAGACUGGGGACGGAGGUGAUUUCGGUGGGCUGUACCUGUGUGAGGCCCAGCGUCAUACCACAGCAGUAGAGACUUCUCAUGUUGGCAACUCCUUUAGCGUAUUGUACAUUUUAUAUCACUUUCUAACUUAAACUUGUAUUUAGCAAUAUUUUUUAAGUUAUCACUGAAUCAUGUGACUGUGCAAUGUAUUUCAUGAAGACGCAUAAAUGUAUAUCUCUGUGCCACUUUCUAUGUAUGUCUGUGACCGGGCCUUUGUGUUAGCUAUUCGAACUUCAUACAAUGAUGAUAAAAAAGAACUGCAAAGAGCUGUGCUUCUUUCUGCCCCCUAGUGGUGAAAAAAAGGCUCAACGCACCUUUAACCUGAGUGUACAGUGUCUGGCAAACACAUUCAAUGUAUGUCAUUUUCUUAGGAGUCAUGAAAGGGGUGUUGGAAAUAUUUGUUUAUAUACAGUAUAUUUGUGGUGGGUCAUUUUUUGUAUUUCUCUUACGUUGCAUGGUCACAUUUUAUAAUAAUUAUGUUCUUAUUUUAAUGUAAACAAUAUCAAAAUGCUUUAUUAAAGUUUUUUCCACAACUUUGA